GAAAGCGAAAGUGGAACUCUACGGUCGUUCCUUAUCGUCAUCAAAGUGACGUCAUUCGCUGAAAAAACUUUUGUGUUCGUAUCGGCUCCAUCGGCCGCCGUUGUCUCGAAAUCCCGCGCUAUCGCCUCGCGACGCUCAUCUCGGGUUUCGCUUCUGCUGAAACGAGGCGCUCGCCGCGCGGGAGGCGUAUGAAUCAACCUCGGCCGUGUACUGGCACGCCAUGUCACACCGUCGGUGCUUGUGCGUCGACUACGGGAACCUGUGACGAGCGACUACGGUGAACUAUGGAGCCUAGUGAGAAGUCCCCGCUGCUGUCGAGUGCGAUCAACAGGAAUGAAAGUGAAUUGGGUUGCAGUUCGGCCGCUGUGAGCGAGAGCUUCUCCAGUCAAUCCUCUAGGAAGCCAUUCCACUACCCCGUCGGCGAACAUGGUCACAUAGUACACGACUCUGAUGCAAACAUGGCAGCAACUUACAGCCGGUACCGCUACUACAACAAGCUGGUGGAUCCAUCACUACAGAUGCUGUGCAUACCCGACCACGUGGUCCCAGCGUACUUGUCGUUACCUUUCUUCAAGCCAUCUGCAGAGGGUGAACAGAGCAGCUUUGUGACAAUCUUUGCCAUAUGGAACACCAUGAUGGGUACUUCGCUGCUCAGCAUGCCAUGGGCUAUGUCGCAGGCUGGCUUUGCCGGAGGCAUCAUGCUCAUUCUAGCCAUAGGACUCCUCUGUUUGUACACUGCAUACAGGAUACUCAGUAGUCCUAGCCUCACAGGCCUCAAAGGCGAACCGCUGGAGUUCUCGGACGUGUGCCGCCACUUUUUGGGCGAGUGGGGCGAGCGGCUUGCCAUUGUGUUCUCCAUGCUGCCUCUCGUUGGGGCCACUGUUGUCUUCUGGGUCCUCAUGUCUACUUUCCUGUCCAACACCAGCGUGUUCGUUUAUGACCACAUUGCUGGGAUUAUUGGACCUGAUGACCAAAGCGCAUCCCUACUGUGUGCCAAAAGCUUUAGUGACCCUUAUGAAUUUGACGUCUCACUGUUCUCGAACGCAACAAACACCACAAAUGACAAGAUUCUUGACGUUCUGGAGAGCAAGUACACAAUGCCCAUUGUUCUGGUCUUCCUGAUGUUUCCAGUCAUCAAUUUGAAAUCUCCAUCUUUCUUCUUCAAGUUUACCUCCUUAGGAACAAUAUCUGUGUUCUACUUACUGAUCUACAUUUUUAUCAAGUCUGCCAACUGGGGAGUCAACAUAAACUUUGUGGACAAGACAAACCUCUUCUACACUCCAUUGUUCAAAACCACAUUUCCAGCACUGACUGGAGUCCUGUGCCUUUCCUUUUUUAUACACAACUGCAUCAUCUCCAUGAUGCGUAACCAGAAGAGGCCAGAAAACAAUAAAAGGGACCUGUCGAUUGCCUUUGGCCUUGUCAUAACUACGUACCUGCUUGUGGGCAUUCCCUUUUACAUCACCUUUCCAAUGGCAAAAAGCUGCAUCGAAGAUAACUUGCUCAAUAACUUUGCCAACCAUGACGUGAUGGCAUUCGUGACACGUAUUUUUCUCCUGGUGCAAUACAUAACGUUGUUCCCCAUGAUUACGUAUCUCCUGAGAGUGCAGUUUAUGCACUGGGUCUACCGUACUGUGUAUCCAGGGUUUAAGCAGGUGGUUACCGUCAAUGCAGUGGUGGUGACAAUGUGUGUUCUUUUUGCCAUAUUUUUGCCUCAAAUCGGCACCAUUUUAAGGUACUGUGGCGCCCUGUCUGGUCUGGUGUACAUAUUUUCUCUGCCCUGCAUUAUUUACAUGGUUGCACUGCGGUGGUGUUACAAGCUGACCCCUGGCACGGUCCUGGUACAUGGGUUCAUUAUUUUAAUGGGUGUAGCAAAUUUUAUCUCGCAGUUCUUGCUGCAGUACUUCGAAUAGGCACAGGGUAUUGUACAGGUAACAUUUUCGCCAUGUGUUGUAAUGCAUGUUUGGUGAUUUGUCUCAGAUGAGUACAUUGCCAAGCUUGUUUGUUUGUGCAUAACUAACUUAUGAAACAAUAUAGAGGGAUAGGCGUUGGCUCAUUAUGAUUUUAGCUCACCUGCAGAGAAGGUCGGGCCAUGCUGGCCGAAGCAGCAAGUGCUCACUGAAAGUAAGCAGGACGUGUAAGCUCUCAAACAGAAAGCCAUAGGACAUAUUUACCGUUGUAUAGUCUUAAGCAAUGUGAAAAAUGUAUGCAUAUUUAUAGGCCAUGGGCAUGCUAUCAGACCUGUUGCUAUCACUUUCUUCAGUUUCGUGCCUGUUUGCACUACCCUUUCAGUUAUGCUGGAUUGGUAUUUUUGUAGUAAUGCGUCGUGUGAUUUAUAACGUCUUUUCACGUUAUAACAGUGGUCGGAGCGAUGGUCUGCCUACGUUACUAAUGGCGUCAGCCAGCUGCGAGUGGUGGGUCGUAACGCUAGUAUAGAAUUGAGCGUGAUGGGUUGUUACGAAAGACCAACGCUCUGGUUUUGUACAAGCCUGCUAGAUGUAGACAUGUACCAGUGCACUGCCUUGUGCGACGCAGUUGGACUACAGAGCGACGGUGAAGCCGUCAUCACAAUAUUGUUGCACUAAGUCACUGGUACGUAGAAAUAUUAUGCAGGAAUUUCGGCUAUUUAGGCCGUAGUUAAACAUUUAUGAACACACUGCUUUUACAAAAACCCACAAACAGGUUCCUAGUGGUUACAGUUGUAUGCCUAAGAAAGAAAAAAAAAAAAACAUUUCACACCUUUUUGCAUUUGAUACAUAUUUACUUAUUGCGACCUUUCUGGCGAUUUCAAAGUACGCAAAUUGCAGGCCCACAAAAAGUACUGUUACUACACCUAACUUUGAAAAUUAACUCUACGAAUGACUCCUAGGUUGUUUUACACAUUGGCUGUGGGUAAACAAUAUGCAUGCAAAAAUUUAUUCAGUGUUGGUCACAUAUCGUUGUCUCUUUUCAUUUGAAUCAUCCCUGUGGCAUUAUAAAAGUUAUAGCGUUUAUGCUUAUUAAGUGUUAUUAGGUUUCUUCUAACACCACCGAAGUCUUUUAUACUGUUGUAGGCUAAAUGCCUUGAAGAAUAUGUACUCAUCAUCAAGAAGUAAUGUAAAUGUGUAUGUAAUGUUUUUUAAAUUUUUUCCAUAGUUUUAUAUAUUCUUGAGAUUGAGUAAGUAAAAAAAAAGUCAUAUAUCGCCGGAUUGCUAAAAACUUCACGCUCAUUCACUUACGCCUUGUUUAUUAUGUUUUUUUAAAGGAAAAAAAAUACUGCGCAGUAUCAAUCGGGCACGACCUUUUAAGCCUGUCGGUGCUUAGUGUAAUAAUGAUAGUAUAACAACCGAACAAAAGGCCACACAAGCAGCCAUCUUGUUGAUUUCGCUGAGCAUGGAUUUAGUCACUGCGUACUGGUUAUCCACAUUGCUGCCAUCUCGCAGUAUUUCUGCCUGUAUAAUUAUAUGCAAUUUGUUAAUAAGGAUCAAUACUCCUGUAAAUCCUGUACCACUAUACUGAGGCAGCUGUCAUGUACAUCACUUUAGGCGUUUUAUUGCUACAUUAAAUAGUUUUAUGUCUAAUAAUUACAUAGUUUUAAUCAUUUUAGUAAUUAAGUAGUUUUACUCAUGUUACCUUUUGUGUGGUAUAGGAUGCUAAAUACUCGUUCCUGUUUUUAAUCAGAGGUGCACUUCACUAUUAGUAUUAUUAUCUAUUAUUGAUGUACAGUCUGCAUGAAAUUUUUUAUUUUAUAAGAGCAUGCGAGGCUCUGCAAGAUAUGUCUGCAUGUUGAAUUUUAUCCCGGCAUCAUGCAGGAUCUUUAGAUCUCAAUCAGUGCCUAUCGGGAUCAGGCUAAAUCCGGAUGAGGUGCUGCUACACGGUUGCAUUUGAUCGCGAUCGGGCCCGAUCGAAAUUAAGAUGAUUGCAAUCUGACUCUGUGAUCGCGAUUUGGCUGAUGUCUGCACUAAACUCAAUUUGAAUUGGGUUGUACUGUGUAGCAGGGACCAUCUUUUAUCGAGAUCAAAAAUCCGAUCUGGAUGGAGCUGAUCGCAAUAGAAAGUGCCCGUGUGAUGCCGGUGUUACCUACUUGUGCCUUAAGCCUGUUGCGUCUUCAAUAUGACAUCCCACUAUAUGAUGAGAAUGCAAUGUUGACAUUGUUUGGAGACGACACAUGUGUAAUAUUCCAUGAGGCUGUGCUCUUGUGGGUACCAUACAGAAUCUUUGCUUUGUAAUUUCUUGAAGCCUUAGAACUUGCCAUGACGUUAAAGGGCCCCAAACCACCCCGAGGUCUGAGAUUAGUUGUGGUGUUGCAGACGUAAAUGAGUCUAUGACGAACACAGAGUCGUCAAAAUUUUACGGAAUGGUGCUAUAAUAGCAGAGUUGCACGCAAUUGAUGAGGCCCUUGUUUGUUUCGCUCUUUCCUUCGCCAUGCUCCGUUCAUUGGCUCGUGAUUCCUCCUGGCCAAGCGCUCGUCUCCACCAUGCAAAAAGGAAGAGUGGCAAGCUCACGUACCUGCGUGCAAACAGGUUAUUUUUGAUGACGAUGAGCAGACGUGAAUGUUGAUGUCACUUCGAGUGCCUUGGACUGCGGAGAAGAGCCGAAAUGAGGGCACAAUUUUUGGAAUUUGUGGGGUACCCAUGGCACGUAGCAACGCUACGUUUUGCAUUGUUGAUCGUGACAGGAUUCUGGACUCUUAUGUGCACAUUUACUUGAAAUAUUAAAAAAAAGUUAUUCAAGGCGGCUUGGGGCCCUUCAAGAUUUAUUUACACACCAUUUUAGGAAUCGCAGUAUAUUUAAUAAGCAAAGUGCAAAGUUUCUACUGACAUUUGGGAAAUUAUUUUUUAUUGCAUGCGCUAGUGUUGUACAGAGAGAAUUGGCUGGCACUUGCCCUUCUUCCUAGUCGUGCUGUUGAAAGUGAAUGGAGACUCUUGGAGCACAUUUAUUGUUCAUAUGCAAAUUUGCUGUGUUUACUGUUGAUUUGUUUAUUUCACAUUGCUCUAGGGUGUCCCACACGUUGGGUUUACAUAUGAGAUUCCGUGUGGGGGCUGGUUUAUCUAGGAAAUUCUUUCAAGGGCUAUAACGUGUAUAUGAACUGUAUUUUUGCAAACAAAGAAAUAAAGAUAUUCCUGAGCACCAA